AUGACUCUGCUUCAUCUGCCUCCUCAACAUCAUCAUAUGGGCCAGUAUUCGGGCCAGAUUCUUUCGGGCCUUCAUGGCCCCGUAAAAGAGUGUGCCCGGAAUAUUAAUGGCCAGCGAGUUGUACCCCUUCUCGAGCUCAUAGUAACACCGCUUGAGAUCCUCUCUACAAACCACUUCUUCCUUUCCGAAUAUGGAAAGCAGCGCCACAUCGAACGCGGUCCGAACGGCUAUGGACUCGAUUUCCGGGAUUAUGGUUUUGAUGGACUCGGGCAUGAAGGCCCGAAGGACGAGCUUUCUGAGCUUGGCGUGGUAAUCACCCUGGUGAAAGAAAAUGGCCUGUCGGCCCAAGAUUCUCUCUUUGCUGAUUGGGAAUGUGGGCUUGAAGAUGUGGGCCUUGGAGACUAG